CUCGUCAUUUAUUCUCGAGUUCGAUGGCCUCAACCUCCCUAACUUCUUCCCGUGGCUCGAGCUCGGUCUGGACAGCAAAGCAGAACAAGAUGUUCGAGAAAGCGCUCGCAGUGUUCGAAGACGAGACACCUGACCGGUGGCAAAAGGUGGCGAGAGCUGUCGGUGGAAAAACCACCGAAGAAGUGAAGGCACACUAUGAUAUCCUCGUGCGGGACAUCAUUCACAUCGAGUCGGGCAAAAUCCCCUUACCCGAUUACAAGCCAUGUUAUCAUAAAAGGUUCAUGAGGUGAAAACUACCGGCUCCUUUCGUCACACAGUUUUCUUGUCACCCAGCAAGUCAUGGUUAUCUCGUACAAUAUAUAUAUAUACACACACAUAUAUACAUACAUAUAAUGCCCAUACAUAUAUAUAUAUAUGUGUGUGUAUGUGCCCUUCUCCCUUGUAUCGCGUGAUCUUGUUGCAAGUUGUAGGUUUAUGGCAACUAUAUAUGUUUGUAUCAUAAGAAAAAUCGAUGAAAUAA